CUACAUUCAGGACUACUUCGGCACCAUCCUCGCCUCAAACGCAGCCUCAAGAACCAACCCCGGCGCAAGAAGCCCCAUCACGCUUCGCCGCCGGGGAUGCCAGAACAUCUGCCCCUUCAUCACCGGCUCAGAAGCCCCCUGCUCCUUCUUCCUCACUGCCAAGUUCUCCAAUCCCAAAGGCUACAGUUAUAACCACCUCAUCAGUUCCAACUUCACCGUCUCGCAAACCAAGCACUUCUUAUUCUCCUCCUCAUGAGUCUCCAAAAACAAUCAAGCAACCUGUUCAGAGCCCAAUGCAAUCCCCAAAGUACAAACCAUAUGCUCCACCACCCUCUCCUCUUACCCUGCCACCUUCUCAGCUGAAGAUAGAGCCUAAGAUCCCCGUGGAGGCAGAGCCCAAAACCGUUCUCGUUCAGAGCACCGUUGAGAAGCCUCGCCAGUGGAACAACGGCAACAACGAUUUCCACAGGGAAACAACCCACCAUGGAAAACACGGCCAUGAAUCCAGAGAGAAAAGCAUUCAUAAGAAGGUUUCAGAUUCAGAGGACUCUGGGAUGAAGGUCAUAACAAUUGCAGGGGAAAACAGAGGAGCAUACAUGGAACUUGUCCAAUCCCAGAAGAAGCAUGAACCUAGCUAUCUUCACAAGAAGGGCAUUGUUACAGAUCACGGCAGCGAAUGGGAGAGCUCGAGCGGCGGAGAAGGUAGCUCAAAGCAGAAGCAUAAGAAUGGAAAAGGAAGAGGAACUUCUUCGUUCCCAAUGGCUGCUUACAUGAACAGCAAUGUGCAGUGUGUCAACAACUCUCUUCUUUAUAACACUUCUUGCUCCCACCAUGACCCGGGUGUGCGCCUUUCACUCUCCAAGAAACCCUUUGGCGACGGUUACCAUAUCAAGGAACAUCUUGAAGGCCCCUCCGUUUAAUGCUUCUUAAUAAUAUUAAUAAUCAUAAUCAUAAUAAUAAUUUCAGUGGUCAAAGGGAUAGUAUGCAUUCAAGAUUCUAUAAUAAAAUGUUAUGGGUAAUAUAUAAUUACAGAUUGCAUUCAAGGGGUAAUUAAAUUGGUUAGUUUUUGUAUGAUUAUGGAAGAGGGCUAUAUCGGAUUAUGUAAUGUUUGUGAGUCCAUUGUUAUUUGUUCACUGGGAUGGUCAUGUAAUCUUCAUAAUGUUCUCAUGUCAAAGGAAAAAAAAAUGUGUUUUUCUUCGUCUAAUGGAACUUUAUUCUUGACC